AACCCUAGUCAAUUGCAUAAAAUUCCGGUGGAUUGCUAUAUUUACAGUCGGAAAUCAACAAAGUAUUUAAAAUGUUUAACAAAGCUGCGAUGGUAGGGGCCAUGGUGCGCCGUUCCUUUGGAACCACCCAACUGAUGCGACAAACUAUCAAAAACCACGAACCCAACAAUCUCGAGAGGAAGAUGUUGGUAUGGAGCGGCAAAUACAAGUCCCAGGCGGAGGUUCCAAGUUUUGUGAGCCAGGAUGAGAUGGAGCGUUGUCGGAACAAAAUGCGCAUACGAUUGGCCAACAUCAUGAUUGGAUUAACGGCCAUUGGUUGUGCGAUCAUGAUUUAUAGUGGAAAACAGGCCGCCAAACGAGGAGAAUCUGUUACCAAGAUGAACUUGGAGUGGCACAAACAGUUUAACGAAUCGAAUCCCGAUGCUAAAGCCGCUCCAGCCACAAAGUAGAUGAAAUGGCAUACAACUUAUUAAGGAGUGCCUCUCCUUUAAUUAUUUUCCAUUUGGUGUUUUGAAUUUCAGUUUGAUUUUUGGGAAGAUUUGAAAACUUAAACUUAAAUCGAUUAGUUAAAUUGUGAAACUGAAACUCAAAAGGUCGAUGGACCCUUGCUUUAGUUCCCUUUUGUGAGAAAACCUUGUUUGCCUGGCAUGUGCACAUGCGCCAUAUCCUUGAUAGAUAUUCAGUGAUAUUUGUAAACUCAAAGUUAGAUUUUAUUUUAAUAGCAAGUCAAUAAAUAAUAAAUCAGUGAA